GCUCUCCACAGGGAAACGACUCUGUGCCUCUGCUGACCUCCAGUGCUAACGUGACAGAGACUAUCACCAUGGCUUCCAACCAGACCAAUGAGGUUAACAGCAGCACCGUAACUGCAGGACUGCCGAGAAAUGUCACAAGUGUCACUGUGAAACCUACAACUAUUGCUAAAAUAUCAACACCAGUAGUCUCACCACACAUAACUUCCACUGUCUCAAAGUCUACACCCAAAGCAAGUGAUUCUCCAAACUCAACCCAUACGUCAGCAUCCAUGAUGACUACAGGCCACAGUAGUUUAAAGACAUCUAUAACGAUAACAGCAACUAUUCAUCCUGACAAAAGUAAAGGAUCAAAGUUUGACACCGGCAGCUUUGUUGGAGGAAUAGUGUUAACCCUGGGAGUUCUAUCUGUUCUCUACAUUGGAUGCAAAAUGUAUUAUUCAAGGAGAGGCAUUCGGUAUCGAAGCAUUGAUGAACAUGAUGCCAUCAUUUAAGGUACCCCCAACCUUGGCCAAAGAAAGAAGAGAUUACAGCCCUAUCAAUUAGUUUGGUUUAUAUUAGCUCAAAAUAUUAUUUUCUUGGAAAUAGUAUAAGCAAGCCAUUUAUAAAAUGAACAGUGUGUUCCAUGAAUAUCUGGAAAUCCCUCAUUACUAAAGGUAAAGGGUGUGGUUUGGGCAGUUCAGUGAAUAUUUGGAACUCACAGAUAAUUUAUCCAGUGAUUAUAUUUGCUCUAGAAAGCUGUAGCAAGACAAGGCCUGUCUUUGGGAGUAUGCGCAUGGCACUGAUUGUCACUGAGGGGCAGGAUCCCAUGCAGUUGUGGAGCCUGCCACAGCACUCCAUUUUCUGUCUUUAUUGAUCACAUAAAAACCUGAAUGCCAUUCAGAACUGGGUGUGCCCUAAUUAACACCUUGAGCUCCACAGCUCAGCUAACCAGCUCAACUUAAGGAAGAGUCAGCAUUUUAGGGUUUAAAGUCAGGGUUGAUCUAGAGAGAACUUACACUCUGACACAGCCCUCACAACACCAUGUUCAUGUUAAAGGCCACCAGAGCACUGUGGAGUGUGGACUUUACUAUCCAUGUCGAUGUUCCUUCCGCUCUGUAUGAUUUAGACAAGCUGCAGUGCCUGAUACGCUUCUCAAAAGAUGCAGCAGCAGGCCUGGCAUUGUAGGAAAACACAACUGCUGCCAGGGAAACCUGUCAAAGCACCUGAAACCACCGUUCACAGGCAGUUGUCAAUUUGAGUUGUAGUGAAUGUUUUUUAGGCACUUUAUAGCUGCUUUCCAUAUGUAGAAAUUUGUAAUGGAAUGCAAAAUACCUUUUUUAAGUCCCCAUUAUAUGAUUUCCAAAUCAGUGUUAGGAGUCUACAUUGAUGGCAAAAUACUGUUUUCUAAAGCAGGGACUGUGAAGCCCCCAGGCCACUAAACCCACAGGGUGGAGAUGCUGUAGUUUUCACAGUGUCAACUUACUCAGAUUUGAGAAAAUGACUUUUAUACUAACCUAUAUUUUGGAGUAAAUUCCAGCUUCCUUAUCCCCAUGCCAGUCCUCAUCCUGGAAAGGGAGCUGCAUCUUGGUGUUUGCAGGAAAAGCAGCAUCCGGUCACCCUAGCAGCCCAUAUUCUCUGUGGUAUUUAGUUCUAUAGUUUGUAUUCCAGGUCAAACUCAGGGUCACGUUUAACAAAGGAGGUAUUUAGUUACAAAAUACUAAUAUAAUAUUUCUAUUGUAGAGGGCCAAAAUAAAUUAUAGCAAUUUCUGAAAGUGUAUAAAUAAGCCAAAAAUAUCCUAAUGAGUGCACACCUGUUACAGUUAAAAAAAAUAAGUGUAACUUUUGUAAUCUGCUUCUAGUUUUCAAAAAGCACAAACUAGCAAGAAUUUUUUAUAUAAAUAAGAAUCAUUUCUACUUGCUGUAUGUUAGGGCCAACAUGGAAUACUCAGCUCUGUAUUAGUGCAGAGAGGAGGGAGGAAGUUCUAGGAAAUGGAACAUGAGGUUAGAUUAGUUUCAAGGCUGGGCUGAUGGGAAACCAAUGCUUUCUUGUUGGCCGCUUGUCUUCAGAAUAUAGUUUAGGUUUAACAUGUUUUUGUUUGCUGCAUCCCUGGUCCUUCAGUGCCAGCCGAAGAUGCCCUUGACUGCCUGUAGCUCUAGCACUUUGAAGAUGGAAACCACUUUCUUAAAGCACUGUCUUUAUGUGCCUCUUAGUUUCUGCUCAUUUGGGGGGUUAAAAGUAAUGUUGUUAAGGCUUUUCUAAUUUGUUACUUUCAAAUGCCAGGACCUUUGUUGAAGGGAUUUCUUUUUAAUCUGCCGGAAUUGACCACAUGUCUUCUGAGACUGGCUUAAGCAAAUGCUCAUCUUUGCUAGCUUUCCUAUAGUGUGUGUGUGUUAAAAUAGCACAUCUUAGAUGUUCAGGUGGACACCAGGCUAAGCUACUCUAGCUUUAAAUUUUACUUUGGUAAUUCCAUAAAAGGAAGAGAAAUGAGAGUUGGCAACAUAUUUUAUGGUGUGAUAAUUUUGUAUCUUCAGGGGAAAGAUUAGCCAACUCUUGUUACCCAUUUUUCUAUAAUGACCAAUUUUGGUAUUUUGUUGUUACUAAGAUGUAUUUUUAGAAUAAAAUUCAUUCUCCAUUCAAAA